AUGGAAAAUACCAACGAUCCAGAAAUCCCAAGGACACAACCCGUUGGUGAUCUACCCCCGCAGGCUGUUCACCGAACAUCGACUGUUAGCACACUACACCAUAAUCAAUUCGAUGAUUCUUUUGUGUCCAGAGUACGUUCAUUCUUCAGAAGAGAAGACCAUAUAGGUCAUGUCUCCCGACACCCCCUACGAGAGAGCGAGGUUGAAAUUCAUACGUGGGAUGGUCCGGACGACCCCGAGAAUCCUUUCAACUGGAGCAAAAGCUACAAAUGGGUGUUGACCUUGACAGUCUGUUUUAUAUCCAUUCUGACAGGUCUUCCUGCUGGGUCAUACGGGGAGGGAAACGACUACAUGGAGAAACUGUUCCACGUACAGAACACGCCAUUCCCCAAUUUAGCAUGGGCUACAACAUCCUGGAACAUGGGAGCCGCCUUUUGGCCGCUCAUCUUCGUUCCGCUGACCGAAUCCACGGGCCGCAUGCCGGGAUAUUUUGUCGCCUAUUUUAUCCUCGUGAUCUCGCUAUUCCCAUCGGCAUUUGCGCAGAAUUUUGCAACCCUCGUGGUGACCAGGUUCUUUGGUGGUGGUGCUUCAUCCGUCAGCAUCAAUAUCGUUGGUGGUAGCAUUAGUGACGUGUGGUACGGCAAUGAAGCACGCAGUCUCCCAAUGUCACUGUUUGGAUUUACCAGUGUUGUUGGAAUUGCACUGGGACCAUUUGUCGGGGGUGCGAUUCAGACCAUCAACAAAACCGACCCAUGGAGAUGGAUAUUCUAUAUCCAAAUCAUCUAUAACGCCGCAUUGAUCCCAGUCUUCUGGCUUAUACUCAGAGAGACUCGUGCUGACGUGAUUCUGAAGAAGCGAGCCAAAAAGCUUCGUGAAAAGACCGGCAGGCCAAUCUACGCAGAAGCUGACCUGGACACGACCAGUGUAUGGAAGCUACUCCAAAUUUCGUUCGAGCGACCUACUCGAAUGCUUCUGACGGAGCCAGUCGUUAUAUUCUUCACACUUUGGGUGAGCUUCGCAUGGGGGAUUCUUUACCUGUUUUUCUCGAGCGUCUCACAGACAUAUGGCAAUAACUAUGGCUGGGGUACAUUUACCACCGGCCUUGUCCAACUCGCCAUCUCUGCCGGUGCAGUGAUCGGGACAGUCAUCAAUCCCUUGCAAGACUGGAUUUAUCUCCGCUCGGCCAAAAGAAAUCGUGAACAACCUGGGCGACCGAUCCCCGAAGCUCGCCUUUAUACCUCGAUCCCUGGUAGCUUACUUUUCGCGGGCGGCUUAUUCUGGUACGGAUGGGGGAGUGUUGGGGAUGGAUCCAUUCACUGGAUUGUGCCAACCCUCGGUAUAGGGUGCGCGGGCGUGGGGAUUUAUAGCAUCUAUAUGGCUGUUGUGAAUUAUCUCACCGAUGCUUAUGAGAAGUAUGCCGCCUCGGCUCUGUCUGCUGCUUCGUUGGGGCGGAACACAUUUGGCGCUUUCCUGCCCCUUGCAUCUUACCAACUGUUUCAAACACUGGGCUAUGGAUGGGCUGGAUCACUGCUGGGGUUUGUCGGUAUUGCUCUUUCCAUUGUACCCGUUGUCUUGGUACUCAAGGGACCGGACAUUAGACGCCGCAGCCCGUUCAUGCGCGAGUCGAUGUUCGACUCGGGAGAGGUUGUUGACUCGGAGGGGCCGGAAAAGGGUGAUAUCUGA